AUGUCGGGCAAGGGGUCCUUAAUGUACCUUGCACCCGAAGUGCUGUACAAUGGACGGUACAAUCGCAAGGCAGAUUGCUAUUCGUUUGCCAUGGUCUUUUACGAGCUCCUCACGCUCAACAAACCCUUCACGUCCGUCACCAACCAACAAAUCUUUCGGGAACUCAUUGUUCGACACAAGGCCCGCCCGUCCCUGGAGCUUGCCGAGAUUCCAGCUUCGGUACAAGACUUGCUGCGAAACGCGUGGAAUAACACCGUCUCCCAACGAUGGACCAUGAAACAGAUUUGUGAGCGUCUUGAGGAUAUCAUUAUCGAGGAAACCCAGCAGCUGGAUCGACAUGGAAUGGAAGUUUCAGAGGAAGAACUAGAAGAACACAUUAUCACUCCAGCCACCAGUCCUUUGUGCGGUGGCGAGAUGGUCGAUUUGGUGCUCGACUUUGCCAGAGACGUUCGACUGGGAUUCCAGAUUCUCACAGGGCAAGACAAGACGUUGUCGUUGCGAUCGGGUCCGAUGGAAGCCUCUUCGAGAAGAAGACGAAGAGGAUUCCUUGGUGGACUGUUGAUGACAUGUGGCUGCUCUCAAGAAGAAGACAAUGUGGUUCCAACCAUUGAGCGUCAGGGAACGGACUUGUCAAACGCGACCAUGGCCACAGAAGAACCUUUGAAGUGA